GUUGGCUCUGACCUCAGUGAAUAAAUAUGAAGAAGCAGUUACCAGUUACCAAAAAGCACUGGAUCUUGAUCCCGAGAAUGACUCUUAUAAGUCAAAUUUGAAAAUAGCAGAACAGAAACUAAGAGACAUGUCCAGUCCUACUGGAACUGGACUGAGUUUUGACAUGGCAAGCUUGAUAAACAAUCCUGCCUUCAUUAGCAUGGCAGCAAGCUUAAUGCAGAAUCCUCAAGUUCAACAGUUGAUGUCAGGGAUGAUGUCAAGUGCCAUUGGUGGCCCUGCCGCAGGUGUUGGCGGCCUGUCGGAUUUGUCCAGCCUGAUCCAUGCGGGGCAGCAGUUUGCACAACAGAUACAGCAGCAGAAUCCAGAGCUCAUAGAGCAACUGAGAAAUCAUGUCCGGAGCAGAUCUUUCAGUGGCAGCACUGAAGAGCAUUCCUGACUUAAAGGAGGCAUGUGAAUUGUAAUGGGAUAUAACUGCAAAAUGCAUACCAUAGUUAGUAGCUAAAGUACCAUUGUAACUCUUCUGCUUGAAUUGAAGACAGAAAUGUCUUUGUGCGUCUUUGCAAACAAGAAUAAAUCUAUUAAAGAGAUCUACUGCACAUAAUUUGGAACAUAUUGUUUAUGUAUAUUUACUCCUCUGAAAAUUAAUACACUAUAUAGGUCGCUUAUUAAAAAUCCAUAAGUACAAGUUGUUUCCAAUAUGUGCAUUAGAUUGAUCUCCAGUGCU